GUGAUCUUGUUUUGGCAUAAUUUGGUCAAUUUUGUUCAAACUGCACUACAUUCAAUUAGGUUAGUUGGUUUUCCAUUCACAAAGCAAUGCUGGUCAGGUUGGUAUUUUUUGGAUUCGUCCAUUAUGUCUGGGCGGGAUAGGUACCCUCCUUCCCUCCUAAUAAGUAUCCUUAAAAAUUUUUUUCCUCGCUUCUAGCAUUUUUUAAAUUUUCAAUAUAAAUAAUGAAGGUGAAAUCCUGUGGUUAGAAAUAGAUACAUGUAUUUUGUGUAUGUAUUGUCAGUCAAAAGCAUUUUUCAUUCAGACUACCGCUAUUUUAUCUAACUUUCUCUCGUGCUUAUUCUCUACAUAAAGUCGCUUUCCUAUAGAUAUCCCUCAAAUAUUUUAGUCUGCUCUAUAUUCAGCAUGCUAGACACAGCUGAACCUUUCAUAGACUCAUACCCCAAUAGUCACUGGAUAUUGCCAUCAAUUUAGCGAUAGCUCUGGCAUUCUUUCCCUCAUUUCUAUCAAUAAAAGAAGCGCAUGUGCCUAGGCUCAUCUUUAUAUAUAUUUCCCGAUCCUCUUCUGUUUCUUCGCACUACUGAUUGCGGCUAUUUUAAACUAAUAAAGUCGUGCAGUCGAGCCAUCACCCAGCUUUUUAUAUCUAUUGCUUGUAUGCCUUUCCGUACUCUAUCCGUUUUCUGCCUACCGGCUGUCACAGCCAUUGCCAACAAACGGCCACCCGACCAAGUCUGUAUCAAAAGAACCUCUAUUGCUGCAUUGGGAUGGCUGGCUUGGACCGCCUUUUUUCUUUUCCUCUUCCCAUUUUUCGCCUCCUAUUGCCCAUCCUUCUCUCCGUUCUUCCUCACUUUCCAUCACCCAUGGCCCAUUUGUGGCGGCAGAGCUAACGCCAAUUGCUUGUGGUCCAGACUGUCCUCUUCUUUUUUUACUUUCCUAUUCUUCUCAAAACCCGCAGGCCUUCCUUUAUUCUUACUUCACACGCAUCCUCUUCACAAUCGCCAAUUCAUUUCCCUCAGUUUUUACUCUUAUUAAGGAGGAUUCUGCGGCUCUCUGUCCUUUUCUUAUUUAUAUUGCACUUUCUACUCAUUUUCAUUUCAACAUAUUCUUUCAAAUCUUCAUUCUCUUAAUCAACCCGCUGUUAAAGCUUUUAGGACCGAUGAGAACGAAAUUACUCAAAGACGGAUCACUAACAAGAUUACUCUUUUAUAACUAUUUGAAAUCAAGCCCUUCUCGCAUUUCACAAGUCCCCAUUUUUCAUAUUUUCAUCACUCAUAAUACAUCGUUUUUUAAAUUCAUGAUUUUUCCUUACAUAUUCAUACACACGCACA